CGCCGCAUAUCCCUUUGACAGGGACACUCGGCAUACGUGUGUGUGUGUAUUUUUUUUACUGAACUGCGACUGCUCGGUAGAGUUGUGGAAAAGUGAUGUACAAACGUCAAAAGGGUCGGAAAAUGUAAGCAAAAUUACGUGUACGCGUGUGUCGUGUCUUUGCAAGAGAGAUUUCAUUUCCUCGGGGGAAAGUUUUUCCACCCCGUCUGCUUGAGUGCGUAUGUGUGUGCCUCAUUUCGGUUAUAUUCAAGUUCCGUACAAUCUCGGUGUUUUAGUGCUGACCCGUGAUGUUAUAAGCCAUCGAAAUUAGUGCAACAACAAGAGGGAAGACGUCAUCAUUUUAGGCUCGCAUAAUUCCGACAUUUAUAGCACUGUUGCAAUACCACCAGUUGGAUGCUCUUGCUAUGCUGCAACAGGCUGAUACCCUAGAAGGCAGCGGAAUUGCAUCGUACUGAAUAGGGCCUAGUCUGAAAGAGCAAUUUAGGAGAUGCAUCUGACAAGGAGUGAAGGAGGGUUAUGAUUUUUGUUGAAUUUUAGAUAAGAUUAGAAGCCGUCUUCGUCGUUCCAGCGACUCUUCCUCUGCAAUCGAGAUGGGAUUCGAGUAUGAACUGCUACAGCAGCAAGACUCAUCCGAACGCACACAGCCUCCGGCCGGAUCGCGACGCAAAGGUGGAUCGAAGGGUGCCUCGUCCAGCAGCAAUCUGCGUCUCAGCUUCAUCUGUCUCGUUAUCAGUGCCUCGCUGCUAAUAUUCCUGCUCGGUGCGUACACCGAUUCGUUCCAUCCGAUCAUCGAUGGAAUCGCCGGCAAGCUUGGUUACCAUGAGAAAAUCUAUGCCGUCGUGAUAGACGCCGGUUCAACCGGGAGUCGGGUGCUCGCGUUCGAGUUUCACCAUGGCUACCUCGAUGGGCGCUUGGUGCUGGACUACGAACUGUUCGAGCAAUCGAAACCGGGCCUGUCCGCGUUUGCUGACCGACCGGCGGAAGGCGCGGCUAGCAUUGGAAAGUUGCUAGAUCUUGCGAAAAAGGUCGUACCACACGAUAAGCUCAAACAGACACCGUUGGUGUUGAAAGCGACCGCCGGGUUACGAUUACUGAAACCAGCGCAAGCGGAAUCCCUGCUAGCCGCAUGUCGCGAGCUGUUUAAAUCGUCCGGCUUUCUGGUAAACGAACAAGCGGUAGAAAUAAUGGACGGUACGGAUGAGGGAAUCUUCUCCUGGUUUACGGUGAACUUCUUGCUUGGGAAACUGAACGGUCGCAAUACGGUAGCUGCGCUGGAUCUCGGCGGUGGAAGCACUCAGGUUACAUUUGCCCCGAAAGACGUGUCGCAGACACCGCUGUACAAAGACUACAUGCACCGGGUGCCAACAUUCACAUCGUACGUUGAGGUGUUCACCAACAGUUAUCUCGGGGCCGGACUGCAUGCGAUACGACAUGCUGUGUUCACCCACCGGGCAGCGGAAAAUCAAACGAAACUUGCAAGCGAAUGCGUUAAUCCCAUCAUACACGACAAGCUGUUCCGGUACGGUACGGGACAGUACUACAUUAGCGGAAAGGAUAAUCCGAAGGCAACGGCCGAAAAUCCGGUCGUCGAUUAUGAGCUGUGUGCGUCGAUCGUGAAACAGAAGCUAUUGCCAACGUUGAAACCGAAACCGGUGACAUUGAAACAGCAUGAAAUAUCUGCCUUCAGCUACUUCUUCGACCGUGCCAUCGAGACGGGGCUAGUUGAUCCCAUGCAGGGUGGUGAGACGACGGUAGGUGAGUUUGUUACCAAAUCUCGAGAAGUAUGUGCCGAAGCAAAUGCGGAUCAACCGUUUAUGUGUGUGGAUCUGGUGUUUAUUUCCACCCUGCUCGAAGAAGGCUAUGGGUUGAAGGCAAAAACACCUCUUAAGCUGUACAAAAAGAUUGACGGUCACGAAAUAUCGUGGGCCCUGGGCUGUGCGUACAACAUUUUGACGAGUCGUGAAAAUGCGAUGAAACAUAAAUAGGUUAAGUGUAGCAGCGAAUUCAGCUAAAACUGUGCUGAAUCAAACCCGAUUCCGCAAAUUGAAACGGAACCAAAUGACGAACAUCAUCGGUAAGAAGAUGCAAUCAGGAAACUUUUUAACCGGACCGGACUAGAUGGAGAAUUAUUGUUAAAUGAACGCCAACGAAGCAAUCGAAUCGACUUAUCGUUCCUCGCAGCAGGAAGGAAAACAAAAAAAGACCGAGAGAAUUUAAAACAAAGGAUAUUAUAUUUAAUGUACCCUAUACAGGCGGUUAUUAACACGUUGCCACCGAAUUCGCUCGUAGUGCGAACAGGAUUGGGAUGAAAUGGGAUGAUGAACCGUUUUAGGAAGUAUUUGCGCAUGCAAGGCAACGGUUCGUUCCAUCCCCGUUUAUUUCACGUUCAUUGACGAUUUUUAUACAAUGAUCAGCAAACGGUAUUGCUUUUAAUUAAAUUUGUACCACACCCAUCAUACAAAUGGUCCCGCCGUAAUAGUAAAAAGCAUUCAAAAGACAGAACUAUUUUUUAAACUAUGCCACCAGGAUAUAAAAGCUAACCGACAUGCAAUUAGUAUUUGCCAAACAAACAAACAAAACCAAACGAAUGGCGACGGAUGAUACAUUUUUCGGUGUCUUUACAAAAGGAGAAGCAAGGAAGCAGAAGAAACGGGAGGAAAUGGUUUUAAAAAGAAAUCGCAGAUAACGCUUUUAACAAACCGAAACUAUAUCCAAAAUGUGCCUUUUUUCUAGUAAAUUGAUCGUAUCAAGCAAAGAAGUUCAUACGAACGGAGAGAGAGAGUAAAAGGAUAAAGUACGAGUCAGACAAAAUAGUACCAUUACAGUCAAAUAUCACGAAUACACACAAGAAUAAGUACAUGCGUAACAAUGCACCAACGAACGUAAUUCCGUAGCCAUCAAUAGUAAAUGAAAGUAUAGAAAUAGCACCAGAAACAAACGUAGGAUGUGAUUAGCUGAAAUAGUAAUAGUAAGCAAAAGUACCACAAUGUGAAAAAUAAGUAGGGAAAAAGACUAGUUAAAAAGCAAUCUAGCUGUUGGUAAACAUUAGGCUGCACGGAACAUACUCUUCUGCACAAAAGUCCAACCCAUCACACCCAGCACUUACUUUUUUAAACAGUUAAAUCUAGCAUGAGUGUGUGAGUGUGUAACUUGCGUAUUUUCUCCCUGUGCGCGAGCUCGAUCGUGCAGUCCUUAUUCUUAAUUUGUUGUUGAUGUUGUCGUUGCUGUUGUUGUUAGAAGAUAAAGGCCAGGAAGAGAAGAUGCACCAUAACAGGGAAGUUUGCGAAACGCAUGUCCUUAUAGUCCCCAUUAGCUAAUGUAUACAGCUUAGAUCGUUGGCUGUGUAGAAAAAGGAAUAGCCAAUUAUACGUGAAGCGUGUAGCGAUAGUAGCUGAUUGGUGUGCGUAAAUUCGCCCCAAAUCACAUUCCCUUUCAUCCCAUUUGAAAGCUCCUCGGGAAAGUGCAUUCAUUGUAGAAACGAAAGAUAAAUUGUUGCUUCCCAUUCAUUUGAACACACUGCAUACUUUUAAGUAAUAGCUUUUCUUGCGCACAUAUACGUUUCUUGCACUCGUAGCACAUAUACGUACGUAGCACACAAAGAAAUACCCCAUCAACAGCAAGUUGAUUUUGUGGUACCUUUUUGUUUUUCUUAAACCAAUUCAAAAGAUAUGUUUUUCAUAUAAAUUUCAAUUGCUAACAAUCACUGAAAGUGAGCAAAGUGUGAUAAAAGCUAGAAAAGAAAACGAAUCGAAGCGUUACACAAAUCAUUUCUUUUAGCCAAGUCGAUUGAUGGACAACCGCAAACGAAAGGAAUUUAUUAGCUUUUGUGUGAGAAAACAAUCAAUUAUAAAUGCAUUGUAUUGUACUAUUAUUUAACGUACUGCAUGCUUUUUUUUCGUUAAUGUGCAAACCAACUAAUAAAAAAUAAACCUCAGGAUGGUGAGACACCAUGCCAAGUGUA